UUAUGUAGGCUGCAUUUCUCAACUUGGAAUGGUUGACUAUCACCCACUCAAAAAACUUUGAGAUGAUAUGGCAGAGCAAAGUACUUGCAGAUUCCUUUUCCAAACUGAAAUCAUUAACAGUUGAAACUUAUGAGAAGUUAUUGACUGUUUUUCCUUCUACUGUGGUAAUAUGUUCCUCAUUUCACUUUCGUUUUGGUUUUAAUUUUUGGGGCUAAUAAUUGUCCUUAUCCUUUCAUUGUCAUUGGCACGAUGCUUUCAUUCAUUAUGUUGUCUGCAUUUCUCAACUUGGAAUGGUUGACUAUCACCCACUCGAAAAACUUGGAGAUGAUAUGGCAGAGCAAAGUACAUGCAGAUUCCUUUUCCAAACUGGAAUCAUUAAUAGUUGAAAACUGUGAAAAGUUAUUGACUGUUUUUUCCUUCUACUGAGAUAAUAUGUUCUUCAUUUCACUUUCGUUUUGGUUUUAAUUUUAUGGGCUAAUAAUUGUCCUUAUCCUUUCAUUGUCAAUGGCACGAUGCUUUCAUUCAUUAUGUAGGCUGCAUUUCUCAACUUGGAAGGGUUGACUAUCACCCACUCGAAAAACUUGGAGAUGAUAUGGCAGAGCAAAGUACUUUCAGAUUCCUUUUCUAAACUGAAAUCAUUAACAGUUGAAAAUUGUGAAAAGUUAUUGACUGUUUUUCCUUUUACUGAGGCUACAUUUCUCAACUUGGAACAGUUGACUAUCACUCACUUGAAAAACUUGGAGAUGAUAUGGCAUAACAAAGUACAUGCAGAUUCCCUUUCCAAACUGAAAUCAUUAAGAGUUGAAAAUUGUAAAAAGUUGCAUUUCCCAAUUUGGAAUUAGAUUUGACAAUUCUUAGCUUGGCCCGUUAGCUCGCCUAUAACUUGCCUGUUUAAAAUGGGUUAAGGUUAGUCAUUUUUGAUUUGUGACCUCUUAAUAGCCCAUUAAGAGAACCUGUUGGAUCAUGGGGUCAAUAAGGGGUUAACUCGACG